ACAAGGUCACAUUAAAAGUGCGUUUCUCGGCGCAUUUGCAGCUAAUUUGUAUAUACAGUGUACAUAGAGAUGAGCACACAAACUCGUUCAGGCGGCGGAGGAGGCGGCGGCCACACCCGCAACCAGAAAAAGUCAAAUGCCAGCCACUCCGGCGGAGGAGGAACCGGCCACGAUGGAGUCUCACACGCUGCGGCCGCAGGCAAGAAAGGCGGCCAGGAUGCCAGCAAGACAGACAAGCCAGAGAAGGCCCAGCCCAAGGCUACCACCGAACAGUUGCGCAUUGCCCAGAUCACCAAUAGCACCACAGAGGACCCGCAGAUCAACGAGAAGGUCACCCUCCUGUUGACCAUGACCCAACGUUCCGAGGAGGAGGUCUGCUGUGCCCUUAACGAGUGCGAUUACGACCUGGAGGCAGCGGCCAACUUUUUGAUCGAGGAGCUACCGCAGGGCGCCUUUGCUAAGUACGAGAAGAAGCGCAAGAACAAGGCUGCAAAUACCACGGCCGAUGGCGCCGCUGGUGAUGGCGACUGGGCCGAUGGCAAUGCGAACGCGGACAAGCGGGAAAAGUCACGGAACCGGAGCUCAAAUCGUGGUGGCACCCGCGGCUCCACCGACAGUCGUGGAUGGCGCGGAAGAGAGACACGCGAGAACGAGCGCAACCAGCGCGAGUCUCGUGAACCUCGCUCUGGCGGCGACCGCGGAGAGGAUCGUACUAACGACAACUAUCGCGGGCAGCGCAACGGCGGUGGACGCAGCGGACCCGGAGGAGGCGGACGCGGCGGUGGCUUCGUCUCGCGCUCCGGCCGUGGUGGCGGCCGUAUGGGCGGACGCACCGGUGGUCCACGAGGCGAUCGCGGCAGCGGAGGCACUGGUGGUGGUUAUGGACCUCGCAGUGGCAACGCUAACGAGGACCACCACGAAGUGGAGCUGUGGGAUAAUACCAUUGCCCAGAAUGCCGAGAAGCAGCAGCAGGCUCAUGACGAUGCCUGGGGCGAUUGGAAUAACGAGGAGUACGAGGGCUCGCUCAAGGACAGCAAGGUGUUCACCACCAGCAACCUGGCAACGCAAACCGCUGCUAGCGUGGUUAGCGGUACUGGAGCCAGUGGUACAGGUGCCUCUACGGUGGCUGGCAGCGAGUUGUCGGCGCCACCCGGUCUCGAACACCAGUUGGUGCAGCAAGGGUCUCUUCUAGAGGAGAGCUCCAGCAGCGGGCCAGUGCCAGUCACGCCUCCGGCAACGCUGAGCGGGUCGGCGACCACGCCGCUGCUACAGUACAGCGCAGCGGUCAGCAAUCCACCGCCCCAGCUGCAGUCCCAGGGUACGCAGUCAGGAGCUGGAACGGGAGCGAGCGCCGCGGCCGGCGGUGGAGCUGGCAGCACACCGUCAUCCUUUGUUUCCGCGUCACCCGACACAUUCUCAAGUGCGGCCUCGGCGGCCGCCACGCUGGUGCACCAGGCCCAACAGCAGCAGCAACUCCAGCAGCAGCAGCAGACGACGCCCAUCAAGCCGUCGGCUACUUUGUCGGUCGAGCAAUCUCAGUAUUUCAACUCGUUGGCCAGCCAGGGCGUCAGCCCAGGUUCCGCAGCGGUACAGCCGGCCCCAGCGGGUUAUACGCAGAACCCGGUGGCCGCUUACUCGCAAACGAGUACUAGCGUGGGUGUGAGUCAGUACCCCAACACGUAUGCCAACGUGUUUGCCUCAGGAGCGGGAGCAGGAGCUGGCCCUGGCGAGCAGUCGCAGCAGCAACCGCAAGUGCGAAGGACGCGCGUCAAGCUGCCACCCCCCUCCAAGAUCCCGGCGAGUGCCGUCGAAAUGCCUGGAGACAAUGCACUGAACAACAUUGGCUACCUGGACGUGCAGUUCGGCGCUCUAGACUUUGGAACGGACGAUGGCUUCGAGACACUGCCUGAAAAGGUUGGAUCGGGCUUUAGCAUUGACGGUCAGCAGCAGCAACAGCAGCCAGAUGACUACCAAAGCAAAUCCCAGCAGCAGCAGCAACAGCAGGCGACGCUUGCGGCGGGUCUGCAGAGUUCUCAGAUCAGCGAUGCCUUAAGCGCGGCGGGCUAUACGAGCCGCUCGACGGCGCAGCAGCAGCAACAGGGCGUUAGCUCGGCGGUCAAUGCCACUACGGCGCUCGAUCAGCUGGCCAAGAGCGAUCCUUACGGACAGACGGCCGGCAGUGGUAACGCCUACCAGAACGCAUACCAAAGCAGUGGAGCGGGCAAGACGGCCAGCGGCUACCCGACGACGGCGCCCGGCGGCUAUAGCAGCUCCACCUACGCAAAUGUGCAGAGCUCGGUGGCGAGCAGUUACCAGCAGCAGGGAUACGGCUCGUACCAGCCCAGUUCCUACCAGCAGCAGGCUGGCACCGGAGCACAGAGCGGUACAGGUGCGGUAGCGGGUGGCGGAGGCGCGGCGACGCAAAACAUUCCGGUCGGAGGCAGCAGCAGCCAAAACAGCACUAGCGGCAAUGCGAGCUCUGCCUACCUCACAUCCGGAUACUCGACACCACAAAGUGCUUACCAGUCAAGCCAGAGUGUUUAUGGCAACACUGGACUGUCCAACAGCAGCGGGUUCGCUGGCAGUGCGAGCAACGCGUCCUCGCAGUACGCGAAUUUCAGUGCCAGCGCCAAGCUCAAGGAUGCGACCUCGGCCAGCAGCGCCGCGCACUACGACAGUGUCUCCACCAGCAGCGGCGUGAGCAGCAGCAGCGGAAGCACAGGCAACGGCGGUGCGGUGAGCGGACAGGCAGGUGCUAACCAGGCGGUCGUUUCAAACAAUAAUGUGAGCGGCAGCAGCUCGGUCAGCAAUGUGACGGCGGGCGUUGCGAGCGGCAACGUGGCCGGCGUGGGCGGAGGCGUCAGCCAGAGCGGCGUAAGUAGUGGAGUCGGCGUGGCCGGUGGCAGCGCGGCCAGCGUCGGUGUGAAUGUGAACAACAACAGCAGCAGCGCCAGCUCGGUGGGAGCAGCUGCCGUUGCCCAGACGGCCACAGGAACCACCGCUGCGGUGCUGGCCUCGCUGACCAACAAGAACAGCAGCAGCAGCAAUAGCAGCGGCAGCGGUGGCAGUGUUGCCACGGCGGCGGGCAACGCCGGCGGACCAGGUGCGGGAGCGAGCACCGGCGGCGUGGGCGGCGCAUCGGGUGCUGGUGGUGCUGGUAGUGGUGGUGGCAGCGGCAGCGGCUUGGUGCCCACCAACAUCCAAAUGGUUAGUCAAUAUAUUCAGACUGGAUUGCCAUACUAUCAGCAACCAGUGUAUUCCUACGAGGAAUUGCAAAUGAUGCAACAGAGAGUGCCACAUGUGCAGGGAUAUUACGAUCUGAACUAUCCGCCAGCCAGUUUAGGAGCUGGACGUGACAACCUCGGCUCGGUGACGUAUUCGGCAAUGAAUGACGGUCGCUUUGCCCGCACUGACAAUAACUCCAGUCCGGUUGGCAAUGUCUCCAGCACAAUGUCGCAACAGGCGGGCUCAAGUGCGCCCAUGCUGAAUGUUCCUUAUGCCUACUUCUAUGGCGGCAAUGUGAUGCCCGGUAGUUUCCAAUAUGGCACGCCUGCCAUUUAUCCACAGCAAAUACCGGCAGCCAACACUGCCUCCGGUCAACAGUUCCCGAAGCCUUCGUACAGCGCGGGCUACGGCUCGACCAGCUAUGACACCCUUUCGCAGACCACGCAGGAUUACAGCAAGGGCGGCUACUCGUCGAGCGUGAACCAGCAGAGCAAAACGCAGGCGGUGUCCAACCAGUCGCAGGCAGGCACUGGAUCCGAUCUGACCUCUUCUAUGUACGGGAAGGGACAUGUGGCGCUAAACAAGGUUAAUUCGUACGAAAAGCAGAGUUUCCACUCGGGCACUCCGCCGCCGUUUAACAUGCCCAACACGCAGACGGCUGGUGGCACCUCGGCCCAGCCGUACGGCAUGUACUUGCCGAUGCCAGCGGCCGGACACCACAAUAUGAUCCACCAACCCAUCCAUCAGAUGGACGGCAGGAUUCAUAGCUCAUCCCGCCGGGACUCGAACAGUGCCGGACAGCGUCAGCAGUCGACCAGCCAGUCAAAGUCUGCUGGCAAGCAAGGUUACUCGCCCUCGUACUGGACCGGACAGAACUAGCUUCCGGAGAACACGAUCUGGCGGCCCCUGCAGAUCGCCCGAGCGAGCGACUUCUAUAGCCUUCGCAGCAGUAGCAGCAGCAGCACCACAACCACCACACCCAUUCACCACAUUUACAGCAAGAGCAGUGCCAGCAAUCCCCGAGCGCUGCCCAUCACACACGCCACCAACACGAUAGUGACCACAAUAGCAGCCAGCCCCACAACAACGACCAUAGAUGCCACCACCACGCCAUCAGCAGCAAUAGUGACGGCGACAUCGGCAAUUCCGGGUAUUCCCGCCCAGUUACUGAUGCUCGUCAAGGAGCAACCGCAACAGCAGCAACCACAGCCGCCACCACACCAACAAGCACUCGCCGACGAGGCGGGGAGCGAGAAAUCCUCGCCAGCGUCGGAGGAGGAUUAUCUAAUAUACGAAGAUAAGCGAUCAUACUUUAAUUAAUAAGAAACGUUUUUACUACGAACGCACUGUAAAGGCGCCGCCCAGCAGCGCCCUGACCACGCCUCCCUCCCUCCCCUCAGCCACUAAACAAAACACACACCACACUCGCAUAAAAACACAGCAUGAAGGUGUUUCAGGUUGCAGGAGGCGACUCCUAAGACCAACCACACACUCCCACAAUGAAACAAAUACAACAAAACAUACAGCAACAUCCGCAUAAAUAUACCAAGUACCAUUUUCACAUUGCAUACAAAUAAAUUUACAAAGAUAAAGAGUAACAAUUAUUAAUUAUUAAAGGCGUAAAACGAUUUAACAGAUUUAAGAGCGUAAGAGAAACUGGAAGAAACAGAACAGUAAAUUAAAAAUACAAUUAUAUAUAUUAAAGAAAACAAAACCACAAACAUAACGUGAAUGAGAAAAUAAAAAAAACAAACAAAAAUUAAUUAUUGUAAUCGGUUUAAACUUAUAUGUAUAAUUAUAACCUUAAUAUUUAAACUAAAUACAAAAAAGAAGAUACGAUUAAAUCCAAACAAAAUGCAAAAAAAGGGAAAAA